AUGGUUGAAAACAGCAUCAACAUAGUCAUUGAAACCUCUCAAUCGCGGGAGACCAUGACAUCAAUCAUCCACCGCGACGUCAAUUUCUUCUCCUACCGCGACCCAAUAGCCCGUCGUGCUGCUAUCGAGGAAGUCUUCCACGUUGGAGUUGUCUGGUUCGAUUUUGACGGUACUAUCCACCGUGGUCACGAUGGCCUGCUCGCCCGCUCGUCCCUCCUGCUCGAACAGAUGCCCGGAACUAUCCAUCACACAGAGGGAGCGCCCAGUAUAUGCCAGAACAUGGUUACGCAACGUUGGUAUGCGGUACGUGAGGGCGACCCUAAUGCCAGCAGUCAAGCGGCUCUCGUUCAGGGUUGCGAUGUGGCCGUCGUGGAGGGCAAGAAAAUCAAAGUACUCUGGUCUUGUGUCGAUCGUUUUGACGAACAGGCAUUGCCUGGAUUGGGCAAAGGACCGUCUCAGCCCAUUUUGUGA